UAUGAAAUAAUUAAAUAAUAAAUACAAACAAUAACUAUAGCCAUUAAAAUUGACAAAUCAUAUCACUCCAUAAUUUAAGUUGAAUCCAUAUUAAAAUUCAUAUUCACCUUUGACUUAAAGAAAACCAUUAUUUAGUUUACAUGAAAAAACAUCAAAUAGAUCUGUAAAAAAAUAAAUGAAUCGAUCUCCUUUAAUUACAUAAAAAAAUACACUUUAAAUAGAAAAAUGUGGAUUAGAUUUAAAUUUUGAAUACAUAUUAAAAUUUGCAGUUAGAACAAGACAAGGAAUGUAAAUUGGGAAUCCAAAUAAAUAGAAUUAAGAUUCUUUUAUAGUAUUUCCAAAUAUAGGUGAUAAAUCAUAUAUGCAUUUCUUUUUUGUUUGUGAUGGUCAUGGAAUUUAUGGACAUCAUAUUUCAAAUUUUCUAAAAUAAUAAUUUCCAAUUUACAUAACUAAAUUCAAGAAUCAAUUGGAAAACAAGUAUUAAUUUAAUCUCUUAAUUUAGUCCUUAUGCUACUAUAUACAUAAUAUUUAAUUAAGUAAUUAAAGAAUUGAAUCAAUCUUCUAUUGAUCAGUAAUAUUCUGGUUCUACUUUAGUUGGUUUAUUUAUGUUACAUAAUAAAGUAUAUAUAUAUAAAAAUAAUUGUAUAAUAGAUAUAUUGUCCAAACCUUGGUGAUUCAA